UUACGCAGAGUGCGUCCAAAUCUCCCUUUUCCGCGGCGCUUCCGGGCUCGGUACGGAGCUUGCGCGUCUCGGACUGCGGCUCCGCGCUGCCGCCGCUCCGGCCCAUGGGGAAAGUCGGCCGGGUGGGCCGGCAUUAAAUUGAAAAGAAGAUGUCCCUGUAUGAUGACCUGGGGGUGGAAACCAGUGAUUCAAAAACAGAAGGCUGGUCCAAAAAUUUCAAACUUCUGCAGUCUCAGCUUCAAGUGAAGAAGGCAGCCCUCACUCAAGCAAAGAGCCAAAGGACAAAACAGAGUACAGUCCUUGCCCCAGUAAUUGACCUAAAACGAGGCGGCUCUUCAGAUGACCGGCAAAUUGUGGACACACCACCUCAUGUAGCAGCUGGGCUAAAGGAUCCUGUUCCCAGUGGAUUUUCUGCGGGAGAAGUUUUGAUCCCCUUGGCUGAUGAAUAUGAUCCUAUGUUUCCUAAUGAUUAUGAGAAAGUAGUAAAGCGCCAAAGAGAGGAACGACAAAGACAGCGGGAGCUGGAAAGACAAAAAGAAAUAGAAGAAAGAGAAAAGAGGCGUAAAGACAGACAUGAAGCUAGUGGAUUUUCAAGGCGACCGGAUCCAGAUUCUGAUGAAGAUGAAGAUUAUGAGCGAGAGAGGAGGAAAAGAAGUAUGGGCGGAGCUGCUAUUGCACCACCAACUUCUCUUGUAGAAAAAGACAAAGAGUUACCCCGAGAUUUUCCCUAUGAAGAGGAUUCGCGACCUCGAUCACAGUCUUCCAAAGCUGCUAUUCCUCCCCCGGUGUAUGAUGAACAAGAUAGGCCAAGAUCUCCAACUGGGCCUAGUAACUCCUUCCUUGCUAACAUGGGUGGUACAGUAGCACAUAAAAUCAUGCAGAAGUAUGGCUUCCGAGAAGGCCAGGGUCUUGGGAAGCAUGAACAAGGACUGAGCACUGCAUUGUCAGUAGAAAAAACAAGCAAACGAGGAGGCAAGAUCAUUGUUGGUGACGCUACAGAGAAAGAUGCAUCCAAGAAAUCUGAUUCAAAUCCAUUAACUGAAAUACUUAAGUGUCCGACUAAAGUGGUCCUACUAAGGAACAUGGUUGGUGCAGGAGAGGUAGAUGAAGACUUGGAAGUUGAAACCAAGGAAGAAUGUGAAAAAUAUGGAAAAGUUGGAAAAUGUGUAAUAUUUGAAAUUCCUGGUGCCCCGGAUGAUGAAGCAGUACGAAUAUUUUUGGAAUUUGAAAGGGUUGAAUCAGCAAUUAAAGCUGUUGUUGAUCUGAAUGGGAGGUAUUUUGGUGGACGGGUGGUGAAAGCAUGUUUCUACAAUUUGGAUAAAUUCAGGGUCUUGGAUUUGGCAGAACAAGUUUGAUUUUAAAAACCUAGAACACGAGUCAUCUCUGAUGAUCCUUAAAUGAGCUACAGGCUGAGCAAAGAAGACAAAGGUGGCAGCCUCUGUGACUGUUGGGUUCUGAGACUCUUGGAAGGACUUCUAAGAUACGUUGAUUGAUUCCUUUUUUAUUUUGUGGUUUUUUAAUAUAGUAUAAAAAUCCUUUAAAAAAAAAAAAACAGAACAAAACAAUCUGUGUGCCUCUCUGGUUGUUUCUCGUUUUUUUUUUUUUAUCACCACUUGUGAGUUGAUUACAUUUUUUCCUAGGAUUUCACAGCUGAUUCUCAAGUGUUCCAUUGAUAAUAGCAUCUCUUGCACUAAAAAAAUCUAGAAAGUUUUGGGACAUGGGAUUGCAUUAAGUUAUCCUUUGCUUUUUUUUCUUUGAUUUUUCUUUCUUUUUUUAUAAAAUCCACCAGUUACCAAACUGUAGCUUCAUAAAUUCCAUAAUAAAGCAUCUUGGCAGUCUGCCGAAGGUGAAAAUGUCUGCUUUCUCUAACAGAGAAAUUCUUCUUACUGACUCCAGUUGUAGAAAAACUCUUUACCACCUGAACUAAGAUUGAAGAAUCGUGAGCCUACCACAACCUGUUUGGAUGAAUCUUUUGCCAUUAAACUCAGUCACGCUAGGGUUUGCGAUGAGUUUAGGGGUUCAUGGGUUUAGAAAUCAUGAAUUUAGCAUUUUGCUUUCAGCGAUUCAAGCAUAGUCUUUAGUGUAGAUCAGACAAGACAAGUUAAUUCAAAACCUAGCAGGUGCAUUGUAAAUGUGUGCCCAAUUAUGUUUUGGAAAUGGCAGUUCCUUGGGGUCAUAUUUCUACUGGCAACAUUUUGCAAUACUGUUAGUUAUGUGUAAUUUUAAAUUUUAUAAAAUUCAUCUACUGCCAGUUAAUAUAAUUCUGCAAUUGUGCAAAAAUUGUACCACUGAAAUGCGGUGGUAUGUAUGUUUUAAAAAUUUAGCAAGACCAUGAAAAAGAAAACAUAAUAUUUGGUACUGAGGUUCAUUGUCAGAACAGGAGGUAUUUCCAGAAUAUACUUGUGCCUGUAUUCUGUUCCUUGCUUGCCCAGAUACCAGCUGCACGUGUGAGUUCCCUGAGGUGCCAGCUAAAGGACAUGUAUCUAUGUUGUCUCUUUAGGUUAUAACAACAUGAACGCAUAUUGUGAUCCUUAAGUGGGGGGGGGGGGGA